CGAGCGUCCUGCUCUGACAUCACGGAGACAUAGACAUGGCAUUGCUGGUACGCUUUGGAAACCUAGUCUUUUUAGGACGGACAGCCUAGUCACAUCAAGUAACAUCAUGUCGUUUAGCUGGUCCGCAAAAGACCACAAGAGCUAUACAAAUCCACCCUCCAACCCAACUCAAGGGCUGAAGCGGCCAAGGAACGAUACCGGGAACAAAGUGACUGUGGUGCUUGGUGCGCAAUGGGGAGAUGAAGGCAAAGGAAAAGUCGUUGAUUUAUUGGCAACUGAAUCUGACCUUGUUUGCAGAUGUCAGGGCGGUAAUAAUGCAGGCCAUACUGUGGUAGUGGAAGGCAAAGAGUAUGACUUCCACCUUCUCCCCAGUGGGAUUAUCAACCCCAAAAGUAUAUGUGUCAUUGGUAACGGGGUAGUCAUACAUCUACCUGGUUUGUUUGAGGAAGCAGAGAAAAAUGAGAAGAAAGGUCUUAAAGGCUGGGAGAAGAGGCUGAUUGUCUCAGACAGAGCUCACCUUGUAUUUGAUUUCCACCAGGUUGUAGAUGGAAUUCAGGAGACCCAGCGGCAAGAAACCGAGGGAAAGAUUAUUGGGACAACAAAGAAAGGCAUCGGUCCCACCUAUUCAAGCAAAGCCUCUCGCAUUGGACUGCGGGUCUGUGACUUGCUGGGAGACUUCAAGGUGUUCUCCACUAAAUUCAAAAACCUUGUCGCGCAGUACCAGUCCAUGUACUCAUCCCUGACAGUUGAUACUGAAAGUCAGCUGAAAAAACUGAAGGAGUAUGGAGAGAGGUUGCGGCCGAUGGUUCGAGAUGGAGUCUACUACAUGUAUGAGGCUCUUCACGGACCCCCAAAGAACAUUCUGGUGGAAGGGGCCAACGCUGCCCUCCUCGACAUUGACUUUGGCACAUAUCCUUUUGUGACCUCAUCCAACUGCACUGUUGGUGGUGCAUGCACUGGCCUUGGCAUCCCACCCCUGAAUAUUGGUGAGGUGUAUGGGGUGUCAAAGGCCUACACCACCAGGGUGGGCAUCGGAGCCUUUCCCACAGAACAACUCAAUGCAACAGGUGAGUUGCUGCAGACCAGAGGUCAUGAAGUGGGCGUGACCACUGGCAGGAAGCGUCGCUGUGGCUGGCUGGACUUGGUGAUCCUGAGAUACGCCCACAUGAUCAAUGGCUUCACUGGGAUUGCUUUGACAAAACUUGACAUCCUGGAUGUGCUGGAUGAGAUCAAAGUAGGAGUGGCCUACAAAAUCAAUGGCAAAAGAAUUCCUCAUUUCCCAGCUGACAUGGAGCUUUUACACAAAGUGGAGGUAGAAUAUGAGAAUUUCCCUGGCUGGAAGUGUGACACUUCUGCAGCCAGAAAGUGGAAUGAUCUCCCUCAGAAGGCUCAGAACUACAUCCGUUUUAUAGAGAACCACAUUGGAGUACCCAUUAAGUGGGUCGGCGUCGGAAAGUCCAGAGAGUGCAUGAUCCAGAUGUUCUAGAUAUGAGCGUUUAUCUGCUCUCUCCAAGAUGCACACUCCAAGAUGUGGUUUGAUGUGACAUGUUUGCAACUCCAAAUGUGUCUAAUGUUCUUUAAAGCCUGUUGACAACUGAUAUAUGAAGCCUUGAAACAAUGUAGACUGGAAAUAUUGGUAACUUCAUUGGUAACUGCUUGUCAUCAUUGGGGUGAUGUGGGGGUGGAGUUGGUGAAAAUUCCAUGUGUAAAUGCAGAUUUUUUUUUGGUGUUGAUAUCCAUAGUUUUUUAACUAAAAAAAAACAUGUUGUGACGUUUGAUCUUCAGUCUGCAUAAACAAAUUAGUUUAGGUGGAGUUAGGUAGCAGCGAAGCCUGCUACAAACAAUGAUCUGUUAGAGGGAAAUCAGAUUAUUAAGACUUUGAUGCUAUAUUUAUAAUUACAUAAAAUAUAUGCAAUUUUC